CUGGGCAGGGCUGGCAGUUCUUCUCAUUUUUUGUUACUGAAUCCAGAGUGAAAGAGAAGGAACUGUCCAGUUUCUUAAGACAAAGAGACAAACCAUGGAUUCAGUAUUCGUGCCUGAAAACGGCUACCUUGAUUUACUGCACAGUGAUAUUGAUCCAUUGCAUCUGUGUACUUUCUUUGAUCCUAAAUCAUCUGGAGAUGAAGAAGGUGACUUCUCUACAGAUCUUGAAUUUGAUGCCAGCAACUAUGAACAGGUAAAUAAUGUGGAUUUCCCAUAUGAAAAUGGAGAUGGGUUCUACCCCUGUUCCAACACCACGGAUGCUUAUGCUAAAAUAGCUGAAUUAGUAGAAUAUGUGCUCAAGGAUCAGCAGGAGAAGCAGGUCGAAGACAUUUUUGCAGGGAACCUUAUUUUGGAUGACAUUGCUGCUGAAAACACUGAGAAAUUUCCUGACAUAAAGAUGCAGACAUGUCUUAAACGAACUUUCCUAGGGUCUGCAGCAGAGAGUUACUGUGAUGCUUCAGAACCCAAAUAUAAGAAAAUUGUGGAAGACCCUGCAGCACCUGCAGGGAAUGGCAGUUUCUUUCCUAUGCAUCUCAACAGCCACCCAGUGAGCUGCACCUCCCUAACUAACCAGCACAUGUCCUUUUCUGUUCCUGCUUCCCAUGGGCUGGAAAGAAGCCUCCUAAUUCCUGGAUUGUCAGAACCUUUGACCUCAGAGUGCCUACCAGUCAGUGUGAAAGGGUACCAAGAGAAUCCAGGCUUGGCAGGUCCUCCUCAGCAGAUAUUUAACUUUGUUCUUGAAAAUGGCACAUCUGAUGUUAUAAUGUAUCCAGUGCUGACAUCUUCCAUGGAAACAUUCAUAUCUCCAAGUUUUCCAGUUAAUUUAUGUGAUUUAGAAAAAUUUCAAGAAGUUCAAGAUUCUAUAAUUCCUUCUGAAGAACUUUUAAAAAAACCAGGGCAAGUGGAAACUUUCUGUUCAUCACUUAAGGAUUAUUUCCGAGACACAUGCAAAUCUGUGACCAUGGAGCAGGAAGUAAAUCUGGAUCACCUGUUCAUUGAUGGAACACUUGUUCAAAGUCAAAGUGAAACCAAGACUGGAAAGAAUAGUGCAAAAGCAAUGGAAAAGGAGCUGGUAACCUGCAGCCUGCAAGAGAAAGAAAAGCUAGCCAUUGAUAGAAGCCAAAUAUUUCAAAUCCCACAGCGUAAAGACUUGGAGACUAAAGUGAUUGUGGUUCUGGGAAAAGCAGGAAUGGGCAAAAGCAUUCUCAUUCAGAAGAUCUGCCAGGACUGGUCCAAUGGAGAGUUUUCUCAGUUUGAAUUCGUAUUUUGGUUUGACUGCAAACAAAUAAGCUUGCCUGAGAAGCAAUACAGCCUGAAGGAACUGCUGCUUGAUUUUUUUGUAAAACCUCAAGAGGGAAGCAAAGAGAUUUUUGAGUAUAUAUUACAAAAUCCUGAUAAAGUCCUUCUGAUUUUUGAUGGUUUUAAAGGAUUGCAUGAUCACGAGAAUUUUCCUCGUUGCUCAGCCAGCCAGCCUGAAAAGGAUUCAUGCAGUAUAAAGGAGAUGCUUUCAGGACUCAUCCAAAAAAAGAUACUCAAUGGCUGUACUUUAUUAUUCACAGCAAGACCAAAAGACAAACUGUACCAGUACAUGUCCAAAGUGGAUAAGGCUAUUGAAAUUGUAGGAUUUUCCCCUCAGCAGAGAGAAUUGUACAUAACCAAAUACUUUGAAGAAUCAUCCUACUGUGAUAGUGCACUGAAAUUAAUCAAAGAGUGUGAGUACUUGUUCAGUCAUUGUUACAGCCCUGUUAUGUGCAGAUUUGUUUGUUUUCUCUGUGAGACAGUGCUCGAAAUGGGAGAGAAAAGUCUUCCUUCAACUCUUACUGAAGUCUUCCUGAAAUUUUUUCACCAGAAGAUAAUGUUUAUGCAAACAGAUGUUACAACCACAAAAAAUCAAGAGAGUCUUGCUACCCUAGCCCGUGUAGCAUGGUGUCUUGGAGAAAAGCACCAAAGUGCCAUGAAAAGUGAUCAUUUCCCUUCUGAGGAGGUUAAAGAGUUUGCUCUGAAGUAUGGGUUUUUCCUGCCAUUUGCAUUCCCCAGACAUUCAGAUAGUGAAGAAGAGGAAUUUGGGAGCACAUUCUCUGAUUUUGUCAUUCAGAAUUUCUUGUGUGCGCUUCACCUAUUUUUAGCAGAAGAGCUCAAGGAUAGAAAUCUAACAAAGUACCUGUCUUUUCUAUCCAAGAAGAAAAAACCUUAUAACUGGUUAGAUUUAAUGCCUCGAUUUUUAGCUGGUUUGGUGUUUCUCCAGGGUGACCCCUACUUCUGGUCUCUUUCAAAUGAGGAUGAAAAACAAUCAACCAAGAAACAGAAGACACUCUUGAAAUAUAUUAGAAGGCUGCAGAUUAAUACUCUCUGUCCAGAGAGAUUGCUGGAGCUUUUACAUUGUGUUUAUGAAACACAGAACAAUUAUCUUCUUCAGCAUGUGGCCUUAAGACUCGAGUCAGACUUGUCUUUUCUGGGCAUAGUUCUCACACCACCUGAUGUCCACGUACUGCACUCUAUUUUGAAAAGGUCAAGAAAAGAGUUUUCCUUGGAUUUACGAAACAGCAGUAUUGACAUACAAGGGCUGCAAGCCUUGGUCAGCCUAAAGAAUGUGAUAUCAUUCAGGGCCUCCCUCAGUGACACAGUCGGGCUCUGGAAAUCUUUAGAACAGACAAAAGACUACGAACUGCUGAAAGCAUCCACAGAGAAAUUUGUUCUUGAUCCCUUUAAGGCAAAGACAAUUAAGGACAUCAGUGACCUCUCCAACCUUGUAGAGAUGCAGGAGAAGAUGAGGAAUUGUGUGCAAGAAGCAUCUGGUUGCACCAGCUAUGAAAUUCCAGCCAUCAGGAACCUCAGAAAACUCGAAUUUGCGCUGGGUCCAGCAUGUGGCCUUCAAGGAUUGCUAAAACUUGUGAAAAUUCUUGCAGCAUUUCCAUCACUUCAGCAUUUAGACCUUGAUGCUCUGAGUGAAAAUGGCAUAGGAGAUGAAGGAGCAAAGAGUCUAUCUGAAGUCUUUCCAACCCUGACAUCACUGGAAACAUUAAAUUUAUCACAGAAUAAAAUAACAGAUCUGGGUGCGGAGAACCUUGCUACAGCUCUCCCUUCCUUGUCUUCCUUAAAAACACUAAGCUUGUACAAUAACAACAUCUGUGAUUUUGGAGCAGAAAAUCUGGCAAAGGUUCUUCCUGCAAUGACAUCUUUAAGAGUGAUAGAUGUUCAAUAUAACAAAAUAACUGGUGUUGGAGCCCAGCAGCUGACUGACAGCCUACAAAAAUGUCCCCAUAUAAAGAACUUGUUGAUGUGGAAUCCCACCAUUCCCUAUGGAGUUCUUGAGCACCUUCAGCAGCUGGACUCCAGGAUCAGUGUGUAGAUUCAGAGGAUUCCAUAAAGGUGUCAUAAAGAAGAGGGGAUGGUGUCCUUUCUGCUUUCCUGUCUUCUUGCUGCUUUAUGAAUUGGUGUUUUCAUGUUUGAUACAAAAAAGAGUCACAUUUAAGUUUCUAAGCAAUACUUAAAUUGGGUGAAUGAUAGUUUUAAAAUGCUAUUUAAAGACCCAACUGUAUUUCUACUUAAGUGGUAAAAGAAUUAAGUAACAUCAAGUUUCAGAGAUGAAAAGAGCAUCUGGAUACUGUAACCACCAUUAAAGGAGACCAGGAACCACCAGAUAUUGUGAAUAUAAAAUUCUAUCAUCGAGUCAUUGAAGAGCAAACUGAAAGCUGCUCAACCUGCAACAUCUGAAGCACUGACAGAUCAAACUUGAUUGUUUGUUUCAUGGUGCCAGUGGUAACUGCCAUCAAAUUUGGUCUGAUGAUUGUGGACUUUCAAAGCUCAAAGUGACAGGUUUCACCUGUCUGUAUGGACUAAUUGGAAGCACUUGGGUGAGUAGCAUAAAAAAGAAUCAUCAGCCCUAGAAAAUGUUCUGAUAUUAUAAGAUUAUCCACAAGAAUCCAGAAGUUGCUCUUUUCUUCACUGAUAAUCAGUGCUGCCUUAAGGGGUAGAAACAUAUCUUCUAUGGUUUGUUACAGAAUCCUUCAAAAAGAUUGGAAAAAAAAAAAAAGAAGUAAUGGCAAGUAAGGAAUUGAAAAUUAAAAACUAUGAAGGGUUUUUCUAACAUUAUUGAAAAAAUCCAAAUAGAUGAAAAUAACUAGUUUAUUACAUACAAAUCCUCAAACAAUCUUUGAAGGUUUUUACUUUGUCUCAAAUGAGAACUUUAAAUUCAUAUACCUGGAUUGGUAUUUAAUUUCUUAAAUGCAGCUGGCAGCAUACAUGUUUAUGCUUGUUUAUGGUACCAAUUUUAUACUUGACAGUGAUAUCACUACUGUGUGUGGUUUAUGUGGCCUUCUGGUACAGAGUUAUGAGUAACCAGGCAAUCAGACAAAAGCACUAUCAUGUCUCUGCUGCUGGUCUCAGUCAUAUGUGGGCCAAAUAUUCAUCCUGCUGACUGCAACAACAAACCCAUUGUCUCUUUUAUUAUUUUAUUUCUGCUCUGUGAACAUGAAGAGAACUUAAAAUUGUGCAGAGGCAAUUGUUGGGUCAGGAGCACUGGCUUUCUAUGCAAAUACAGUCUGAGACAGAACAACAAAAAGGGAUGAAAAAAGCUCAGAAUGCUCAAAAUGCUACAAAUUGGGAAGUCUUUACUUCACAGUUAGCUCAGGGUUAGGUCAACAGCCUCUUUGAAAUCUCUUCUGCUAGGAAGCACUGACAAUACUGACCCAAGGAUCUGUGCAAACUAAAAUCUCUCAACUAACCUCUCAAAUAUUCUGUUUCUUGAUCUUUAAAAAUUCUCAGAUUUAAACAGUUCAAAACCACAACAUUAAUUUUCUUUCCAACAAGGGAAGGAAGGAAGGAAGGAAGGAAGGAAGGAAGGAAGGAAGGAAGGAAGGAAGGAAGGAAGGAAGGAAGGAAGGAAGGAAUCAGACAUUACAUGCGAUGGAACAGAGAGCAAGGUGGAAAAACUCUGUAGAGAAUAUGAUUGUAAUUAGAAUGUGGUAUUUUAAACUACCUGCAUGGUUCUUCUCCCAAGCCAGAGUCAUGGAUAAAAAAUCUUAUUUAUCCUCUUCUCUUUGAGCUGCUUGAAUGGGAGGUAGUUUGAGCCAAAUCUGAUGUGAUAUUCCCAUCAGCCUGUGGCACUCCAGCCAUGCACAUCCAUGGUGAGCCCUUGUCUUGGCUUCUCCUAACUAAGCUUUGGAUGACAAAUGCCCCCUUCAGGGAUAUAUUCUGCAGCUGCACUUUACUAUGACUGAGUCUAAGAAUGUGCUAAAUAUUCCACAGGCAGCUGAAUGUUACAGGAUGCUGUCUGGACUGCUAAAAUCAUGUUUGGUGUACUGCUGUUCUCUGAGUUAGUGGAAGAUGUAUGUUUAUAAUGUACAGAUUGUAUAUUUUGAUACAGUGUUUUGGUUGUCUUUACACAUCUUCUUUUAAGUAUUAAUAAAAGUAAGUAUUCUGUUUAACAUUA